GCGCGGUGGAGAGGAUACAGGAUACACCAAACUGCAUUGGAAAAAGUGACAGUUUAACAUUUCUGUAGCUAUUGUCGGUAAUUCUUUAAUGAUUAAACGCAAUGCAACUCAUAUUACGACUCAUUUAAGGCUACAUUUAAAUUCGGGAUAUAUUUAAUGUGGAUUAGAUCUCAAAGAAAUGGAGGGGCAUGCAGAGGAGAGACUGUGUGGGAAAUUGAGGGUCGCCUGUGGUUUUUACAAUUACAACUUGAGGGAUGUCUUCACAUGGCGUCUGCUGAAGACCGUGGUCAUGGGCCAGGUGUUGUCGCUGCUGAUCUGUGGGACGGCAGUGAGCUGUCAGUACCUGGCCAACGCCGAGGUGGAGACACCCAUGCUGCAGAGUUUCCUCAACUACGCCCUGCUGCUGCUCGUCUACACGACCAUCCUCGCCACGCGCAAAGGUGAAAGAAACAUUGUACAAAUUCUAAAAACAAAAUGGUGGAAGUAUUUGGUGAUGAGUCUGGCAGACGUGGAGGCAAACUACACAGUUGUGAAGGCCUACCAGUUUACCACCCUGACAAGCAUCCAGCUGCUCGACUGCUUUGUGAUCCCAGUGCUGAUGCUGCUCUCCUGGUUCUUCCUGAAGACUCGCUACCGGCUGGUUCACUUUUUAGCCGUCAUGGUGUGUUUGCUGGGGGUCGGGGCCAUGGUGGGGGCCGACAUUCUGGCCGGGAGAGACCAGGGAUCCACCAGUGAUGUUGUGCUGGGCGAUGGUUUGGUCCUGCUCAGCGCCGUCCUGUACGCCGUGUCCAACACCUGCCAGGAGUACACGGUGAAGAACCUGAGCCGGGUCGAAUUCCUGGGCAUGAUGGGACUGUUUGGGACUCUGAUCAGCGGCAUACAGCUAGCUGUACUGGAAACUCAGGCAGUAGCAGCAAUAAAGUGGGACCUUCGUAUUUCCAUGCUGUUCGCAGUCUACGCCCUGUGCAUGUACGCCCUGUACAGCUUCAUGCCCGUGGUCGUGAAGAUGACCAGCGCUACAGCGGUCAACCUCUCCCUGCUCACCGCCGACCUCUUCAGCCUCUUCUGCGGCCUCUUCCUCUUCCACUACAAAUUUUCAGCUCUCUACAUCAUCUCGUUUGUCGUCAUCACCGUGGGUUUCAUCAUGUUCAACGCCGUUCCCACGUACACGGCCUUACCUGAGGACGACCCCGCCGAUCAGCCGGCUGAGGGCUCCUCCGACCACCUGCUGGCUGCAAACAGAGACACUCAGAGAGCCGAGACAAUCACCGCCGUCGCUGCACUAUGACGAAGCUGACAGGAGAAGGCCUUUCUGUUUUUUAUUUAUCUUUUUAUUUGGUGUUUUUGCCAGCUGCGGACGUUGAGAUUAUGUGGUUGUAGCCAUUCAGGAGCGCUCCAGAAGAAGUAAGUGUAAGUUGAAGGCAGCAACACUCAGAGGUGUGUCUGACUGAAAUUAUUAUGUUUUUGUUCCAUCAUGCACAAAGGUCAGUCUUAAUUUUUACAUUACAUUGAAGUAAACAUGCAAGAAGUUUGUGUUUUCAAAGAAAAUGCAGUCAUAUAACAUCUGGUUAUGUUGUUUGUGAGACAUUUUUUCAUAUUUUUUAUUGUUUUUUUAAAGAUAAUUUUUAUAAACAGUGACCAAAUAUCACCUGUUACUACCAUAGACUGUAUAUAAAAAUAUACUUUACAUCUUAUACACAGUCUGUGGUUACUACUGGACGUGUUAGACACAGACAGUGCACCUUUUUAUACAGAUAAGGUCAAAAUGUGAGUGUUUUAAAAGUAUUUCCCAAGUGUUGUUAAACAGAGGAAAGAAAUUUUAACACAGCUUUUUCAAACAUCGUAGUGUUAUUUUGGAUGCUUACAUUAUUUUACUUUGCACACAGAAACAAAAUUAUUCCACAAAAAUAGAAAUAAUUUAUGCUUUCUGAAGAAAAGUAGUGUUUAGAAAUGCUAUGUUGAAAAUUCUUUGCUCUGUUUAAAAGAUUUGAUAUUUUACAGAAUUUGUCAGCUGUACUGUUACAGUCCACUGUCUAAUGUUACUGUUUUUGGUUUUGAACACAGUUUUAUUUUACUUUUGUUGCCUUCAGUGCUGCUACAGUUUUCAGACUCGUGUAAUUUGGUAAUUUACCAAAUAUACUGUAAGUCACACGGCUUUCUUUGCCCCAUGUUGCCAAAAGUAAAGCAUGUUAGCAUGCAGCAGAUGUUUUUAUCUUUUUAUUAUUAAAUUCAUUUUUAUAUUC